AUGGAUGAAACCGAUGAAAAAGUUUCCCUAAAACGAAAAUUGAACUCGGAUGAUGGAGAGCAAUCUGCCGCGUAUAGUCCUAGAAAAAACGCAAGUACCUACCUCAAGCACGAGAUGCAUUGGCUUCUGGAUGGAAACAUGUUGCUACAAAUAGGGAAAACGCGAUUUAAGAUACACAGGAGUCGACUUGCCAGUGAAUCUCGGUGGUUUCAAGCUCUUGUAGAGCUUCGAGCCGGCAAUUCUCCAGAUAUCCCAACCGAGUACCGGAAUACGAUCGACGAAGCAAUUAAAAGCGCUCAAAAAGUGGGAGAAUGCGAUCUAUUCUUUCUUGAUUUCGAAGAUGGCCCAAAUGCUAACAAAUUUGCCGCGCUGUUGUCGGCGAUGCAAUACGGAAUCGAAUUCGUAUACGAGAACCCCUCAUUCAGCACUGUGGCUGAUAUCUAUGAGGCUUCUCAAUUCUUUGACGUACCGCGAUAUAGCAAAUUCUCCGAAAUGUACCUGAAGACGAUGUUCGAUGAUUCUUUCGAAUCAAUUCCUCCGAAUCCAUCUCCAUACGCUGCGCGUGCUUUAAUACUUGGGGAUUGCUACGGUCUACAGGACAUUAAGCGCCGUUGCUUUUACGACUUGGCGCGAACCCAUCCUAUUGCCAUUCCUACUGAAGAUGAUGCAAGCGAUUGUGUUCCUUCCGCAAGUGACAUUGAUGAUGCAAACUCAACCAUACUCAUCGAUUUGCUUAACAUUCAAAGGCGUCUUGCUCUGUCUUGGGACAGUAUUUAUCUCGCCAUUGAUGAAGGAAAGUUCUGUGAUAUCCCUAGUUGCACUCACCGCCACUGCGCCGCUGAUUUAGUCGGAUUAAAAGCAGCAAAGAUCCAACAUCCUUUCGACCCUAUUACAGCGAUGAAUGUCAUGCUUGCCACGGCAUCUCAAAAAAAAUCCUCCUGCAAGGUCCAGAAAAAACGCCUCGAAGACUUUUUCGAUCAACAAUCUAAUCAAAUCUGGGAAGAGAUGGCAGAAUGGGCAGGAAUUUCUGAAUCGGAGGCUUUGGAGUAG